UCUAGGGUUUUUUUCAGCGGAUUAGCUUCAGUAUCCCGUUGUCUUCCUCAGUGCUCUGAUCAAGGUUUUGGAGGUUGCAUUUGAGUGAAAAGAUGUUUUCGUUUCAGCAUAAGAUUCACAAGGAAAAGGGUGUGGAACUUUCUGAAUUGGAUGAGCAAGUUGCUCAGGCUUUCUUUGAUUUGGAGAACACCAAUCAAGAAUUGAAAAGUGAGUUGAAGGAUUUGUACGUCAACUCGGCUGUUCAAGUUGAUAUCUCUGGAGGACGCAAGGCAAUUGUUAUCAAUGUUCCUUACAGAUUGAGAAAAGCUUACCGGAAAAUCCAUGUUAGGCUUGUUCGUGAACUUGAGAAGAAGUUCAGUGGAAAGGAUGUGAUCCUCAUUGCUACAAGGAGGAUUGUGAGGCCACCUAAGAAGGGUUCAGCUGCAAAGAGACCACGCAACCGUACUCUUACCUCAGUCCAUGAAGCUAUUCUUGAUGAUGUGGUCUUACCUGCAGAGAUUGUUGGGAAGCGCACAAGGUACAGACUCGACGGCACCAAAAUCAUGAAGGUCUUCUUGGACCCAAAGGAAAGGAACAACACAGAGUACAAGGUUGAGGCUUUCUCUGCUGUUUACAAGAAGCUCACUGGCAAAGAUGUCAUCUUUGAGUUUCCCAUCACUGAAGCCUAAGAUAUGAAUUGAGACGCAGAGAAUCUGUUGUGAGUGAUCUCAGAUAUUUAAGUUCUUUUUUUGGUUUACUUUUAAUGCGUCAAGACAUUGGUUUU